CAUAGUACAUUUUUCGAAUAAUGCGUAAUUGGCAAACCUGAUCGGUAAAUAAGGCAUUUUGAUCCCUUAUAAUUUAAUAUUUAUGUAAAAAAAAAAUAUGGUUCAAAAAAAAAGGGUACUUAUGGUUUGUUUAGGAAAUAUUUGUCGUUCACCAAUUGCCGAAGCAGUUUUCAACAACGAAAUAAAUUUAUUAGGUUUGAAUGAUUCUUGGGAAGUAGAAAGUGCAGCAAUCAUAGGAUAUCAUACAGGUAAAAGUCCGGAUCGUAGAGCUAUGUCUACGCUAAAAGAAAAGGGUAUCACUAACUAUUCUCAUAAAGCACGAACAGUCAAGAUAGAUGAUUUUACCACAUUUGAUUGGAUAUUUGGAAUGGAUAAUAGCAAUAUUGAAGAAUUAAAUAAUAUGAAACCUGCGAAUUGUACUGCUAAGAUUGAACUUCUUGGAAAGUAUAAUCCAGAGGGAGAAAUCAUAAUCGAAGAUCCUUACUAUAUGAACAACAAUGAUGGAUUUUAUGAGGCAUAUGAGCAGAGUGAACGGUGUAUAAAAGCUUUCUUGCAACAAUUUACAAGAUGAUAGUUUAAAAAAACUGAAUGAGACUUAAAAACUAUUAAUAUGUAUAAUUAAAAUUAUUAAAAUAUCAUGUAUAUAUUCUUAGAGACAAAUUCUUAUAAAAUAUAAUGUGAAAAUGUAAAUUCUUUGAGAUAAUAAAAAUUCAUUACAGAAUUAAAGUAUUGAUUCAUUACUACUUAUCAUUUACAAGUAUUCUUUAAAAGAAAUUCUCAAUCAUCUUUCAUAUAUAAAAUAACUCUCUAGUUUCAUAUCAUAUUAAUGCAUGUAACUUACACAUAUUUUGAUUUCUAUUAACUUAAUACUCGUGUAACUACAUAUUUACUUGUAGAAACAACAGUUAUUUAAGAUAAAACAUAUAUGUGUAUUUAUUUCAUUUUACAAGGUUUCUUACAUAACCUUAAGGACACUAUUGUAUGAAUAUCUUUUUAAAGGUGAAAAUUAAUUUAAGAUUAGUAAACAGCAACAUGUCACCAAAAAAGAAAGUGUUAAUGGUGUGUUUAGGUAUAUCAAGAAUGUUAUUUGUCUAUGCAGAGUAAUAUUGUAAGCAUAUCAUCUUUUGUUCUAUCAGUAUUAAAAAUUUUUAGGAAACAGCUGUCGUUCUCCAAUAGCAGAAGCAGUAUUUUACAAUGAAAUAAAAAAGUUAAAUCUUUCUGAUGUUUGGGAAGUAAAUAGUGCUGCACUUUUACAGUAUCACGUAGGUAACAGUCCAGAGCCUAGAACUAUGUCUACGCUCAAAAAGAGGGGUAUUACACAUUAUACUCACAUAGCGAGACAG